GCCUCCGCCCGCCUAUCUGGCUCAUCUGCCUCUGUCCAAAGCGGUGGAGAGACGGGGGGAACCGCAGACAGACAGGGGGACAUAAAGCUUUUAGUCGAAGCGAAAGCGAGAAAGAGGGGCGAUGGCCGCUGGUGCAGGAUGCGGGGAAUCGGUGGAUCAGUACCGGGCCGAGGUGGAGCGGCUCGCCCAGGAACUGGCCGAGGCGAACCGGGAAAAGAUCAGGGCUGCGGAGUGCGGUUUAGCUGUCCUGGAGGAGAAUCAGGCGCUGAAGCAGAAGUAUACAGAGCUAGAGACCGAACAAGAGAUCCUCAGGAAGGAGUUGGAGCAGUUACAAGAGGCAUUUGGCCAGGCUUACACCAACCAACGGAAGGUGGCAGAGGAUGGGGAGACCAAUGAGGAGACACUGCUGCAGGAGUCCGCCUCCAAGGAGGCCUACUAUAUGGGCCGACUGUUGGAGCUGCAGUCGGAGGUGACGCUUAGCCGCUCUGUGGCGUCCAACGCCCAGUCAGAGAAUGAGCGGCUCAACGCACUUGUACAGGAGCUACGAGAGAGUAACGAGAUGCUCGAGCUGCAACGGAGCAGAAUGAGGGAGGAGAUCAAAGAGUACAAGUUCAGAGAGACCCGGCUGCUUCAGGACUACACAGAGCUGGAGGAGGAGAACAUCACACUUCAGAAACUGGUGUCCACACUCAAGCAGAACCAGGUGGAGUACGAGGGACUGAAACAUGAAAUUAAGGUGCUGGAGGAGGAGACUGUCCUUCUGAACAGCCAGCUGGAAGACGCUUUGCGCUUAAAGGAAAUCUCUGAGGGUCAGUUAGAAGAAGCCCUGGAUGCCCUCAAGACUGAGCGCGAGCAGAAGAACAAUCUGAGGAAAGAACUAGCCCAUCACAUCAGCCUGGGUGACAGCGUCUACGGCGCAGGGGCUCAUCUGGCGCUAACUGUCACCGGAGUUGAAGGCCUGAAGUUCCCCGAGGAGAGCAACGGCACUAAUGGCAGCACCAUCCCUGCUGCUAAUGGCAACAAUGAGGACAACAACCGCUGCAACGGUCACUUUCACGCUGGCUCUGGGAUGGCUAAGAUGAACGGGGACUACAGACCCGGCCGAAAGGGAGAUGGCCUUCACCCCGUGCCAGAUCUGUUCAGCGAGCUCAACUUGUCAGAGAUGCAGAAGCUUAAACAGCAGCUACUGCAGGUGGAGCGUGAGAAGGCAGCACUGCUCAAGAACCUGCAGGAGUCCCAGACUCAGUUGCAGCACACACAAGGUGCCCUGACUGAACAGAAUGAGCGCGUCCAUCGUCUCACAGAGCGCGUCAACGCCAUGAAACAUCUCAAUGGAGACAAAGAGCUCGAUGAUCCAGAAGAGAGUGAGAAACCUAAUGGGGGGUCCUCAUCCCCAAUGGCCAAUAGCCAUCAUGAUCUCGAUAUCCACGGUUUUAAGAUUCUUGAGUGUCGGUACAAGGUGGCGGUGACCGAGGUGAUCGACCUAAAAGCAGAGCUCAAGGCCCUGAAGGAGAAGUACAAUCAGGCGGUGGAGGGACAGGGAGACAGCCAUGAUGAUGACCGGGUCCAGGCACUGACUGAACAGGUAACACAGUUGGAGCGAAGUUAUCGUGAAAGCCGGGAAAGGGUUGUAAGCCUGGAGGCGGAGCUCCGAGCAACUGCGAGUACUGCCUCAGAGAGCCAGGGCAUGCUGAACGCUGCCCAGGAUGAGCUGGUAACCUUCAGUGAGGAGUUGGCGCAACUCUACCACCACGUCUGUCUGUGCAACAACGAGACACCAAACCGUGUCAUGCUGGAUUACUACCGCCAGAGCCGAAUCACACGCAAUGGCAGCCUCAAAGGCUCGGAGGAUCCUCGAGCUUUGCUCUCGCCUCGCCUGGCGCGACGUCUUGCGGCAGCAUCGGCAGCCUGCUCCUCAGAGUCUCCGCGCAGUUCCACAGACUCCCCAUCCAAAGAUGCCCAGCAUAACGAGACAACAACUCACAACCCAGCAGACUCCUGCCACAGCAGCCCUACCCGCAACUACACCGGCUCCCCGGUCAUCGGCAUCUCUCCUUGCCCAUCUCCGGUACCUUCAGACUCAAGUGGGGACCUGCGGAAGGAGCCGAUGAAUAUCUAUAACUUAAACGCCAUCAUCAGAGACCAGAUCAAACACCUGCAGAGGGCUGUUGACCGCUCGCUGCAGCUGUCCAGGCAAAGGGCUGCAGCUAGGGAGUUAGCACCCAUGCUUGACAAGGACAAAGAGUCCUGCAUGGAAGAAAUACUAAAGCUCAAGUCCCUGCUUAGUACUAAGAGAGAGCAAAUAGCUACACUCAGGCUGGUGCUCAAGGCCAAUAAGCAGACAGCAGAAGUUGCGCUGGCUAAUCUGAAGAGCAAGUAUGAAAAUGAAAAGGCGAUGGUGACAGAGACCAUGACGAAGCUAAGGAAUGAGCUGAAGGCUCUGAAAGAAGAUGCAGCCACCUUCUCUUCUCUCAGGGCCAUGUUUGCAACGAGGUGUGAUGAAUAUGUUACACAGCUGGAUGAGAUGCAGAGGCAGCUAGCGGCAGCAGAGGAUGAAAAGAAGACGCUGAACUCCCUCCUCCGAAUGGCCAUCCAGCAGAAACUGGCCUUGACCCAACGCUUGGAGGAUCUGGAGUUUGACCACGAGCAGACUCACCGUACCCGUGGUGCUAAAGUGCCCAAGAUAAAAAGCAGCCCACCCAAAAUUGUCAGCAGCCUGCUGCCUCAGUACCGCUACUCUCCCCACAACUAAGGCGAGGGAGAGCCUCCCUAGUACGCAGUCCUAAAUUUCUGGCAGACCACCAGGAACACCGAGCAGUCCUGUCCAGCAGCAGAAGCCUUCUCUCCCCUUGCGACCCUCGUAACUGUCUGGCCCAGCAGCCCCAUCCUCCUGGCACCUAACCACGCUGGUCCUGCUCAGACCUCAGUCUGGAAGCAGUCCUGCAGAGACACAGACACACUGGACGGGGGUUCCCUCAGUUUAGCUCCCCUCCACCAAGCAGUCCAACCGGGUGCUUACUGGGCUCUGUGAUCUCACUGAGCACUACACUGCCCAGCUGUGGCCGGCCUCCUGGUUACCUGGGUCGUAGAAGAGGAGCAGGACGCUUCCUUCAUCUCUGGAAGUGACCUACUGUCCUGGAAACACAAAACAGAGACCUGACCUGAGGCAGAAAUGCCAGUGACAACACACUGAAAUCUGCCGCCCUGUUUCUCCUAGUAUUUAUUUAUAAUUUAUUCACUCUGCCAAUUAUUUAUUUCU